AUGGCUGACGAGGCAAACCGGCCUCUCCUAGCUGCGCAGUCUGGCUCCGAGAGAGCAUCCGACGACCAGCCCGGGCCAUCAUAUCAAUUAUCAACAGAGUCAUCAAAUAUUUCACACGGCGAAGAUGACAUGACGAUUUAUAGCAGCGAGCAAAGAUUAUCGCGAUCUUCUUCAGGCGGGGUUCAGGGCAAUCAUACAUCCCAGGUCGCGGCUGCUGAAGACCCUAGGCGACCUCUGCUAGAUGGACAGUCUAGCCCUCCUGAAUGCCUCACCGCGAGAACAUCCCUCGACGAGCCUAGGCCAUCAUAUGAAUUGUCAUCAGAAUCAACACCUCUAUUACACCGCCGUGAAGAUGAACUGAUCGACGGGACCGAGCAAGGAUUGUCGCGAUCCCCUUCAUUCGCAACACAGAACCGGCCCGAGAAUGGUGCAAUCAAGAAGCGGAGCCGUGUACCAUGGCCAACGGUCAUCUCUCUCGCUCUUUUGACACUCAGUGUUUUGACGAUACUGGUACUUGCCUUUGCUGCUCCGGCGGCGGUCAAAGAAUAUGCGCAGCAAGCCGCUGUCUUCAAACCGACUGCAGUAUCAAUUGAUUCUACGACACCCGACGGCGUUCGAGCCCGGAUUCAGGGCAACUUCGUGAUGGACUCGGGUCGCGUGAAGAAUAAAUCGGUUCGAGGUAUUGGUCGGUUGGCGACAUGGAUUGCCAGGGAAGUCGAGACGGGCCCAUCGAAUGUUGAGGUCUAUCUCCCAGAAUAUGGGAACGUGCUUGUCGGAAACGCAGCAUUGCCCUCCAUCAAAGUGAAUAUCCGUAACGGCCAUCAUACCGAUGUCGACUUCCUCACUGAUCUAGAGGCUGGUGAUAUUCAAGGAAUCCAUGCGAUAGCUAUUGAUUGGAUUGAGGGAAGAUUGGGCCGCCUUAGUGUUAAGGGAAAGGCGACAAUGCAUCUUAAGUCAGGCUUGAUCGCUUUGGGAACUCAAGUUUUAACAGAUUAUAUUAUCGUCGAAGGUAUAGUGUAUAUUGUUUUUGGUACUGGAACAUCUAAGCUAACCCCCUUCUCAGAACAUGAUUUCCCUGCUCUGCCAAAAAUCAAUAUCCUCAAGCUGAAUGUGCAUGAUGCAAACAGUGGUGCCAUGGCAGUGGAUGUCUUGCUUUCGUCUUUGAUUGAUUCUCCCGUCGCUCUCACUAUUCCUGCCCUUGGAUUUGACAUUCUGGUACCCAACUGUUCGCCUGGCGAUGCCUAUAUUCUGGUCGCCAAUGCGAAGACAAGCGCAGUAGAAGUACGCCCUGGCCAGGCAACUGCAGUCGGCGUUGAUGGUCUCAUCCAACAGCUACCUGAUGAAUUGACCUCUACCUGCCCAGGACGGGAUGGUUCUCCUCUAGAUCUUCUGGUUUCGAGCUUUAUGCAAGGUCUCGAAACGACUAUCUACGUUCGUGGAUCCGAUGCACCAUCUCCCAAUACCCCAUUAUGGAUUGUGGAUUUGCUGCGCAGUGUGACUGUGCCUCUUCCAUUUACGGGACAUGCGUUGGACAACCUCGUGAAGAACUUCACGAUGUCCGAUACACAUUUCUCCCUUCCUAACCCUUUCGCGGAGCCAGAUUCUCCAGACUCGCAACCCACAGUGUCUGCUCUAGUGAAGGUUCUCACUGCUUUGCCAGAGGAGAUGAAUUUCCAAGUAGAAGUCCCGCAAGUUCGUGCCCUUGCAGAUGUCUACUACAAGGAAGAGAAGUUUGGCGUGUUGAACAUCAGCCACUGGCAAGACGCCAACUCCACAAUGGUGGACGAUGAAGAUGGCUCCUCUGCACUCCUUGUGGAGUUUGCAAUAAAGGAUGCACCAUUGCAAGUCACAGAUGACGGGCUUCUGGCAGAGGUCAUCCAAGCAAUGCUUUUCGGUAGCGAAACAGUCGUACUGCGGGUUGCUGCCACCGUAGACACAAAGGUCUCAACUGGUUUGGGCCGCUUCGCCGUGCGAGGGAUUCCUGCGGAGGGAAAGGUACCCGUGAAGAUACAAAUCAAGAAUAUUUUGGCCAUUGACCAUGUCAUAGCUUCCAUCGGCAACUCACUUGACCAAAUCAAUCCAAGCGUCGUCUCAUUACAAAUAGGAAACACGACUGAGUCUUCGAUGUUGGUGUCUACGCAGGCAAACUUCACCAAUCCAACGGAUUACUCGGCCACAGUCCCCUUCGUUGACCUUCUCAUACUCUACAAUGACACUGCUGUGGCCCACAUCACAGCUCAUAAUAUUUCUAUUGGGCCUGGCAACAACAGUUACGUGCCCAUCGACUUCUCUUGGUGCCCGUUGGACGCAGGUGGAGUAAAUGGCGUUGAGGCAGGACGGGCGUUGUUUUCAUCCUAUAUAUCAGGUCAGUUCCUUCUAGAUGGGUCCAAUACAACGAUCACUAUCAAGAGCCAUCGAAACACGGUUCCAUCUCUACCACACCUGGGCGAAGCAUUAUCAGUCCUUAACAUCACUGUUCCUGUCCCUCGCAUAUCUAUUCCGGGUUCCCCAGGUGGUGAUGAUGAGGACAAAAAGCCUCACUUCAUCCAAGAUGCAACGUUCUACCUCUGGUCGUCCACAGCAGAAUUCACCCUCUCCUCGCCCCUAACAGAAAACAAUAUUCUAAUCACCUCAAUCGACGCAACGGCGUUCUAUGAGAAAAAUGAACCAAUUGGCCGAAUCAAUAACCAUGAACCCUUUGAGGUGCCGCCUGGUAUAUCCAAUAGCCCACGCUUGCCAGUCGAUCUUGACAUAGGCGGGGUUGGGUACGACGCCCUGCGCAAGGCACUCGGUCAGUCGUUGGAGAUGGAUGCCACCGCCAAGGUUGGAGUGUUGAUUGGGAACUAUAUGGAUGUCAUUCUCUACCAUGGGAAGGGCAUUGCGGCUAAAGUGAGGAUUUAG